GCCGAUGAUUCCAGUGUGGGUUUAGAGCUCCGCAGUGUCCACCCGGGUCGAGGUAAUCGCCGGUGUCGCUGCGGGGAGCCCGGCGGAGCUGGACGCGCGUGACCAUGUGGCGGCUGCUGGCUCGGGCCAGUGCGCCCCUCCUGCGAGUCCCUUUAUCAGAUUCUUGGGCAUCCCCGCCCGCCAGUGCUGGCCUGAAGACGCUGCUCCCGGUGCCAACUUUUGAGGAUGUUUCCAUUCCUGAAAAGCCCAAGCUUAGAUUUGUUGAAAGGGUACCACUUGUGCCAAAAGUGAGAAGAGAAUCUAAAAACUUGAGAGACAUACGAGGACCUUCCACUGAAGCAACUGAGUUCACAGAAGGCAAUUUUGCAAUCUUGGCACUGGGUGGUGGUUACCUCCACUGGGGCCAUUUUGAAAUGAUGCGCCUGACAAUCAACCGCUCUAUGGACCCCAAGAACAUGUUUGCCUUAUGGCGAGUACCAGCCCCCUUCAAGCCCAUCACCCGCAAGGGCAUGGGACAGCGCAUGGGGGGAGGCAAAGGUGCCAUUGACCACUACGUGACGCCCGUGAAGGCUGGCCGCCUCAUAGUAGAGAUGGGCGGGCGUUGUGAAUUCAAAGAGGUACAAGGUUUCCUCGACCAGGUUGCCCACAAGUUGCCCUUCCCAGCCAAGGCUGUGAGCCGUGAGACUCUAGAGAAGAUGCAGAAAGAUCAAGAGGAACGAGAACGUAAUAACCAAAACCCCUGGACCUUUGAGCGCAUAGCCACUGCCAACAUGCUGGGGAUACGGAAAGUACUGAGCCCAUAUGACUUGACCCAAAAGGGGCGAUACUGGGGCAAGUUCUACAUGCCUGAACGUGUGUAGUGAGAAAUAAAUGUACAUAGGCUAUUGAGAGAGAAGGAAUCCACAUUUUUAUUCCCCUCAGCCUACCCUUAAAGUCUUUGGGUAGCUCUGAUGUCAUAACCAAGGAACAGCAUAUGAGUAGAUGAUUUCUGAAAAAUUGUACGAUAUCUGUUGAUUUUUUUAAAAAGUGUAUUAUAUUUAUAUUAAAGUUUGAGUAUCACCUCAGGAUAUAACUUCUCAUUGGUCACUCUAAAUCAUUAAAUAAUUAAGAAACAGGCCUGAUUGACUAUUUAUUAGGAGCUCUGGGUCUCUGUGGCUAUAAGAUAAACAUCUUCAGGGCUGAGGCAGAUGUUUGCAUCUCCCACCUGUGAUGUAAGUUGAACUUAAUAUCUGUACUACCUUUUAUAGAUAUAUACUUCAGGAGCUAGUUUCUAUGAUAUUUUAUUUAGUUACAAAAACAGACUCAAACGGUUUUAGAAAAGCAAAGCAAAGAACAAUAGGACAUAGGUUAAUUGAUUCAACAGAUAUUUAUUUUUGCCCAGCUACCCAUCUUCUCUCAGUCUUGCAAGGGGGGAUACUGGACAAUAUGGCAAAGAACAUACCUUUGCCUUUGAGUAAAAGGAACUGACAAAAACAGGUUGCAAUUGUGUGGCCCUUCCUAGGUCUGAAAUUCUCUGAGGAGGGAGAGUGGGGGGCUCUAUCUUUAUGUCCCUGCAGGUUCUGGUGCCGUGCAGUGUGCCACACGGCACUCAAACAGUUACUGCUGGAUGAGGGAUGGCCCCACGUGGUUCAGAUCCCCAGUGUACCAGCUCCCUGUUUGCCCUUAACAGGAUUAAUCUGUUUUUCAGAGCUAGCCAGCAAUAGUUCUCUAUCCUCUAUUCAAACUAAAGGACGUAAAAAUUGAUAGAAAUAUUAAAACCUUUGCUUUUGAAAGUGGGUAGAAAACAGCACACUGACUAAAAUGUCAAUUUUUAUAUGCCACUUUCUUAAAAAGUUAAGAUCUCCAGCAAAGAAAAUAAUUUACUUUCAAAGGACAAACUUAUCUAAACAAUUGUGUGGUCCUCAAGAGUUGUAUACUAUUUUUAAUGUAUUUUUAGUGAACCUCUUGUAAUAUAACUUAUCACUAAAUUGCAUUCGAACACAUUGGAACCUUGAAUUGGGACAGUGUUUGGAACAGUUUCUUACACACGUUGCUGGCCAACAGGGUCAGCUGGCAAUGUGAAUCAGGUGAGGAGUGAUGGGAGUGACAGCCUCGAUUCACCUUUCUGACCUACCAUCUUCAUCUCCGCUUUGUUACGGUUCAUAGAGCAUGAUAUUGAUGACUGUUGGGAGUUCAGUCAUGGUAUAAACCUGUUACUUUUGUUUUGGC